CUACCAGACCAGAAAUAGCAAAACUCUCUGAUCGGUUUUGCCCGAAUAAUUAUUUCUUUUCUGUCCUAAUUCGUUCUUGUGUUCUUCUGUGUUUGACAGAGAGGUAAGGGAGAGACAGUGAGGGAGAGAGAGAGAUUCAUUUUUUUGUUCCCUCUCCUCUACGAAGCUUUGGCCCCUCUCCGUUACACCAACAACAACAGCAACAACAGAAGGGUCUUUCUAUUUCUUCUUCAUCCUUUUUUUUUUCUGGGCAAUGCGAAUUUGAUUUCUCAGAGGAACAAACCCAAGGUAGGAGGAGGAGGAAGAAGAAGAAGGGAGACGAACUGGGUUCGACCAAGGAAGAGAGAAUGAGCACUUCCUCGAGCAAUGGGUUGCUUCUGACGUCGAUGUCGGGACGACACGACGACAUGGAGGCUGGCUCCGUGAGAGCAGAAGAAGAUCAUUCGGAAGAAGAGCUCGAACACGAUCCUGAUGAUCCUUUCGACAUUGAUAACACCAAGAAUGCUUCCGUCGAGACGCUCCGUCGUUGGAGGCAAGCGGCUUUUGUGUUGAAUGCCUCACGUAGGUUUCGAUACACUUUGGACCUAAACAAGGAAGAGGCUUAUGACAGUAGAAGAAGAAUGAUCAGAGCACAUGCUCAAGUCAUAAGGGCAGCGUUGCUUUUCAAGUUGGCAGGGGAACGACAACUUGGAUUUGGCCCGUCAUCAACUCCCCCAACCUCAACCGGUGACUUUGAGGUUGAACUCGAAAAACUCGUAUCAAUGACCAGGAACCAGAAUGUUUCUGUUCUGCAACAAUAUGGAGGGGUUAAAGGUCUAACAGAGAAGUUGAAGUCGAAUUUGGAGCAAGGAGUGGACGACGAUCCCGCAGAGCUGAUAAAGAGGAAGAAUGCAUACGGAUCAAAUACGUAUCCUCGGAAGAAGGGAAAAAGCAUCUUUAUGUUCCUUUGGGAAGCUUGGCAAGAUUUAACGCUUAUAAUCUUGAUCAUCGCUGCUGUAACUUCGUUGGCAUUGGGAAUAAAAACAGAGGGUCUAGAAGAAGGAUGGUAUGACGGUGGCAGCAUCGCAUUUGCUGUUUUGCUUGUCAUAGUUGUUACAGCCGGUAGUGACUAUCGUCAAUCUCUUCAGUUUCAAGACCUCAAUGAGGAAAAACGGAAUAUACAACUAGAGGUCAUGAGAGGAGGUAGAACUGUGAAGAUUUCUAUCUAUGACAUUGUUGUUGGAGAUGUCGUACCUCUUAGAAUAGGUGAUCAGGUCCCUGCUGAUGGAGUGCUUAUUAGUGGUCAUUCUCUUGCUAUUGACGAGUCUAGCAUGACCGGUGAAAGCAAGAUUGUGCAUAAGGAUCAAAAGGCACCCUUUCUAAUGUCGGGUUGCAAAGUGGCUGACGGAGUUGGUUCUAUGCUGGUUACAGGUGUUGGUAUCAAUACGGAAUGGGGAUUGUUGAUGGCAAGUAUCUCUGAGGAUACCGGUGAAGAAACACCAUUGCAGGUUCGGUUAAAUGGUCUUGCAACUUUCGUCGGUAUAGUGGGGCUCUCUGUGGCUCUCUGUGUUCUGGUUGCUCUUCUUGUCAGAUAUUUUACCGGAAAUACACAUGACCCCGAUGGAACAACACAGUUUAUCAGAGGGAAUACCAGUGCCGGUGACAUAAUAGACGAUUGUGUAAAGAUAUUUACAAUUGCUGUUACUAUUGUGGUUGUGGCAGUGCCUGAAGGACUUCCGCUAGCUGUUACCCUAACUUUGGCUUACUCAAUGAGAAAGAUGAUGGCUGACAAAGCUUUGGUUAGGAGGCUUUCAGCUUGUGAAACUAUGGGCUCUGCAACAACAAUCUGCAGUGAUAAAACUGGAACUCUGACCUUGAAUCAGAUGACAGUGGUUGAGGCUUAUGCCGGUGGAAAAAGGAUGGAAUUACCAGACAACUCCUCGGGGAUGCCCUCAGAACUUCUUUCAUUGAUAUGUGAAGGUGUCGCACAGAACACAACGGGAAAUGUUUUUGUCCCUAAGGAUGGUGGAGAUGUAGAAAUUUCAGGAUCCCCCACAGAAAAGGCUAUUCUAUCGUGGGCAUAUCAGUUAGGGAUGAAGUUCGAUACCAUCAGGUCAGAGUCUGCUAUAAUUCACGCUUUCCCUUUCAACUCGGAGAAAAAGCGUGGAGGUGUUGCAGUACUUCGGGGUGAUUCUGAAGUUGUGAUUCACUGGAAGGGAGCAGCUGAGAUAGUUCUGGCCUGUUGUACAAAGUACAUGGACUCAAAUGGUACCUUGCAGCCUAUCGAUGGACAAGAGGAAUUUUUCAAGGUUGCAAUUGACAGCAUGGCUGCAAAUAGCUUGCGAUGUGUAGCUAUUGCGUGCAGAAAAUACGAACUUAACAAAGUUCCCAAAGAUCAAGAGGAUUUGGACAGAUGGGUUUUGCCGGAAGAUGAGUUGGUUUUGUUAGGUAUUGUCGGUAUAAAGGACCCUUGUCGGCCCGGCGUCAAAGAUGCAGUGAAAAUCUGCACUGAUGCUGGUGUCAAGGUACGAAUGGUGACCGGAGACAAUAUUCAAACGGCAAAAGCUAUAGCUUUGGAGUGCGGCAUACUUACUUCGGAUGCAGAAGCUACUGAACCUACCAUUAUUGAAGGAAAGGUGUUCCGUGAACUAUCGGAGAAAGAGAGAGAAGUAGUAGCCAAGAAAAUAACGGUGAUGGGAAGGUCAUCUCCUAACGACAAGCUUUUACUUGUUCAAGCAUUACGGAAAAAUGGUGAUGUUGUUGCCGUGACUGGUGAUGGUACCAAUGAUGCUCCUGCACUUCAUGAGGCGGAUAUCGGUCUCUCUAUGGGUAUAUCGGGAACUGAAGUUGCGAAAGAGAGUUCAGACAUCAUCAUCUUGGACGAUAAUUUUGCUUCAGUUGUAAAGGUUGUUCGUUGGGGUCGGUCCGUGUAUGCCAACAUCCAGAAAUUCAUACAGUUCCAGCUCACUGUAAAUGUCGCUGCUCUUGUAAUCAAUGUUGUUGCAGCAAUGUCAUCUGGUGAUGUUCCUCUAAAAGCAGUUCAGCUUUUAUGGGUAAACCUUAUUAUGGACACCCUUGGAGCUCUUGCUCUUGCUACAGAGCCACCAACAGAUCAUCUUAUGCACAGGACUCCAGUUGGAAGGAGGGAACCUCUUAUAACCAACAUCAUGUGGAGGAACUUGCUCGUGCAGGCAUCAUAUCAAGUGCUUGUUCUUCUAGUUCUUAACUUUGCAGGCUUCAGCAUUCUUGGAUUAACCCAUGAUAACCAUGCACAUGCUGUGGAAGUGAAGAACACCAUGAUAUUCAAUGCCUUUGUCAUGUGUCAAAUAUUCAACGAGUUCAACGCGAGAAAACCCGACGAGAUGAAUGUUUUCCGAGGAGUAACUAAGAACUUCCUCUUCAUGGGGAUCGUCGGGAUAACUUUCAUACUUCAGAUAAUCAUCGUUACUUUCCUCGGGAAAUUCGCCUCGACGGUGAGGCUAGGCUGGGAUCUAUGGCUUGCGUCUAUCGCCAUCGGGUUUGUCAGCUGGCCACUCGCGAUGCUCGGAAAACUGAUACCGGUGCCCAAGACACCGAUGAGCGUUUACUUCAAGAAACCGUUGCGUAAAUACAAAGCUUCAAGAAAUGGAUAAAGAUAGUAGAUAUCUUCCCAUUCUGCAACAUCAGGAACUCUAUACACUUUGAGGAAAUUGCUUCCAAGAACAUCUUAUUCUGACAAAAACGCAGAAAAAAAAAGAGAUAGAAAAAGAAAAAGACAGAUCAACCUUAUGACAAAGCCCUUAAUCUCUAACCUCAGACUGCAAAAAAACUACAAGUCCUUUUACCAUAUAAAGAUUACUUUUCCUAUGUAAACUGUAUCAAAGUCUUUUGUACCUUUCCAUUGUUUUAUUUCUUUUUCGGGGUGGCGUUUUGUAUGAUGAUGAGACAGAAACUGUAAAAAAUUCGAUUAUGGGAUUGAGGUAUACCGGUGGGAUUUUCGGCUGGUUUUCUCUGGUUUGAACAGAGGGUUUAGUCUGUACAUUUUGAGGAUCUGUUUGUUCUUCCUUGGUGUUCAGACGCAAAUAAACUUUCCUAUAGAUGCA